AUGGUCGCUGGGUGGGAGACAUGGCUCUCGGUGCCCGGCUAUGCGGCUAGCGUCGAGCGGCCCGCCGCGGUCGACGUGCGGUACGAGCGGCUCGACGGCACCGCAGUCGAGCGGCGGCUGCGCGGCUUCGAGGCGCGAGUCUUCCAGCACGAGCUCGACCACCUCGACGGCAUCCUGUUUACGGACAAAUACUUAGUCUCGGAGACGAGUCGGAGCUGGGCGCGGACGAGCUCUGCAGGCACUGGUGUUAGCACUCGGCCAACUGCCACGGGUUCUAAGGCGGGCGAGGCGGCUACUGAGGCGUUGGCGGAGGCGGCGGUCGACGCCGUCUACGGGGCGCUCGUAGCGGCGACGCUCGAGGAGUGGGCGGGCGCGAGCACGGACAACCCCGUCUCCGCGGCGGACGCUCGAGGCCCAGGCCUCGAGUGUCAGCAGUGCUUUGGGAGCUUUUACGACGAGUUUGGCGUGGAGCCGUGGCUGUGGCGCCGGGCGUUGCGUGAGGGCUGGUCGGAGCUGGGGGGCUGGUCGAGAGAGGAGAUGGAGGCGGCGGAGAAGGAGAUCUGGCGCGGCGAGAGUUCUGAGAUCUCUCAGCUAGGCGAGUGGGUCUGCGAUGCUUGCCUGGAGGGCUAUUUGGGGGGGGGCUUCGGCGACUACUCGGAGCUGCGCAGCGGCUACGGGCCGUUGUCUGCUGUGCCUUUUGUGGUGCUAGUUCGUGCCAGUCUGCUGUGA